AUGGCGGACCAGAAGGAGCCGACGGCCAUGCCAUUGGUGGCGGGUGGUGACCGAGACGGUUCUUCAUCGAAAGAUCUUCAAGCUGUUGCUCCUACGGAUCCUGAUGUUCCAUGUCCAGAUCCACUUACAGAUUGUGGUAUCUGCCAGUGCCCCAUCACACCAGAAGAUCGCAAACAGAUUGCCAUCAAGAAGCUUGCUUCGGGCUUUUGCCUCCAAGACUCUUACGCAGUGAGGUCGUUUCAACUUUGUUGUAAACAGCAAAAAACUGAACAAGAAAUGGAACGGUUGAGAGCUACUGACUAUGAGUUGUGGCGUAGCACAGUGGUUGCAUUCAGAGACCAACGAAGUGUUGGUAAGGGUACCAAAUUUGACAUGAUGAAGCACAUAGAGUCAACCAAGAAAUCAAUGACCCAAGAACAGGACGACGUGUAUCGCCCCCUCCUUUUCAGUGCCUACAAGGAACAUUACCAAAACCUGCCCGCCCCGCUCACGUUGACAGAAGCUCAAGCCACAGCCAAGUGGUACCAGGACUUGGCUGACCCAACAAUCAAAAAAAGUGACAAGCGCUAUUACAACCCUCGGAGCAAACAAGACGAGGUUCUCACCAGAGUGCAUGUGCAAGUCGAUGAACUUGAACACCGAAAGGAGGCUGUCGAGCGAUCCCAGGUAGUGCAAAAGGAGACUUCAUCAAAGAACCCAUCUCCAGCUCAAACUCGUGAAUUCAUGGACAAGUUGAACACCCAGCCUGUUGAUGCGAAAGCUUUCAAAGCUGGCCAGGUUGAUCUGCCACUAGAGUUUGAGGAUGAGGAUGGUCCUCCGAGCGCUUUGGGAAAAGGGCGUAACACUCGAAGGAACACCAAGGGUGCUGAUGCCUCAGCACCUGCCACUUCCAGACGGGCUUCUUGCAAAGCUGCCCCAAGGAUUGAGAACAUAGAUUUGGUUGCAUCCAGCAAGGCCAAUGUUUUGAUGGUAUCGGUGGAAGCUGUUCAUAAGCAGCUCUCGCAACAAGUGGAGACGGCCCUUGGAACCUUCAAAGAAGAGUUUGCGCAUGUGCUGGCAAAAACGGAGGAGUUGAUUCGCGAUGGCAUUACGGAGGCAAACAUUGCAUCCUGGGUGGUGAAGGGGGAGGACCCUUACAACUUGGGAACCAACCGGUCGGUCUACCGAUGUGCUCUACAAUUCCUUGACCGGGUCAACAUGGCGAAGGUUUUGCUGGGUGAGAAGGCCCUUCAAGGUUUCGAAACAUGUGAAGAGUGGGCGUUGAAGGGCGGGUUCCUUCCACAGGAGUUUGCCACAGUCGCUGUGCCAUGCAAUUUGCUGUUGAUGGAUUUGAAGGGCUUCCUUUUGGAAGGGGAGCACACACGCAAUGGCAUUGAGGAUCAGUCCAAGAAAGUCCGUCUUAUCUUGAGUGGCUAUCGCUCCAUGGGCAAUGCGCUCAGAAAGGGCAUCACCGAUAUGCAGUCUGCUUUGAACACAAUCAAGACAGCAGCGGCCUUGAGAGCCAAGCAGGCCAAGUCGGCGAGUGAUAGGAAGGCAGCGAAAGCAAAGGUCAAAGCAACGAAGCUCCCAAACUUCGCCGCCACGAGCGACCCAAGCAUCAUCAAAAUCCACAGGUCCAUUACCAAACACAUGGACAUUGAGAAAGCAUCGUCGUUUGAAACUUUGAAAAAUUGCAGGGGGGGUGACAAGCCAUUCAUCCUGAGGCGAGGCAAAAACAUCUACAAAACAGUUUGGAAGGAUGAGACCGUGCGCACUAUGGUCACAGCACAGGUGACCAACUUCAAGGGCAAAUGGCCAAAGGCCAAGGACAAGAUCCAAGCAAAUCUACUUCCACCAGGAGCCAACCUUGAUGACAAGCAAGAGCUGGUCACCACACGCACCGACAUACUGGGAUUGAUCCCUGGGACAUCUGACUGGCCAUUUGUUUCGGAAGAAGUAGUGGAUGCUUCAGCGAGUGGAUUCUCUGAUGCCGACGACACCGCAUGCACAGCAUACUAUGAGUCCUUGUUUCUGGCUGGACAGCGCAAGGAUUUCAUCCAUCAUGGCGUGGAGUUGAAUGGUUUGGCAGGUGUCCGUCUCCAAUUGGAAGGCAACAGGAUCCUUGCCAUGGCCCUUGUUGAUGAUAUCAGGAAGUAUCUUUGUGAGAAGUCCGGGGAUGAUGACCCUGAAGAGGUAUCCUUCGAUCGAUGUUCUUCCUUCUUUCUCAGACUGGACCUGGACAAUUUGAACGCAGCGGAUCGCAUUCCAUCUCUCCGAGCAGCAGUCAUCAAACCUGGUGACAUUACGUACACGCCACCAGGGAUGCUUAUCGUUGAUAAGACCGUUAAUGAGGACUCGAUCUGCUUGCGAGUCCCCGUGGCGGUGAUGCCCUUGGAGUGCAUUCCUUCCAUGAGGAUCUUCUGUCAUUCUAUUGACAAGCCGUUGCACAGGAGGUUGAAUCCCAUUCUUGACGGCAUGGAAGAAAUCUUGAAGAUGGACUUGGAAAGACAAGUGAAGGAAGAACAGGCGGAAGGGAAGACGACAGACACUACAGGGUUGGCGCUGGUGGCGAAGGCUGACGACGUUGAAAGUGAUGGCCAAAGUCAAAGCAGUGACGGCGACCACAACAAUGAAGAUGACUUUUGGCUUGGGGACCCGGACGAGGAACUGCCCGCUUCAGAAAGCACUGAGAGGCUCCUUGACCUUCUGGACAACCAGGCCAAUGUGGCCAGCCAAGCCCAACCCGCAUCAACAGCACCGGCUCCAGAUGCAGCCACCACGGCAAAGGCAACCAAAGAGCGCAAGGACACAGAUCAGCAGACAGCAGCACCCCCCGCUGGACCACAUGAACAGCCAGCUGAAAAACCUUCCAUAGACGAAGCAGCACCUGCAAACACCAUGGCGGCAGAGGAGCACACAGCCCCUGCUGCACCGCCAGCACCAGUGAUAGAGGAGCAAAAGCAAGCAACAACUGAAGCCUCCGCUGCACCACGGGAACAGCCAGUUCCAAAUAACACCGCCUUGCCAGAUGAAGCAGCACCUGCAGCCGCAUCAGUGACAGCAAUACCCGAAGUUGAAGCUUCCACUCCGCCACAUGAACCCGUGACAGAGGAACAAAAACAAGCAACAGCUGAAGCCCCCGCUGCAACACAGGAAGGGCCAAUCCCAGAAGACACCCCCGUGCCAGAUGAAGCAGCAGCAGCAGUCGCAGAGGAACAAAAGCAAGCAACAGCCCACGCUGACCCCGCUGCACCAAAGGCAGAGCCAACUGAGGAGAUUGCAGCAGCACCUGCAGCCACCACUCCGACGCAAGCAGCAGCUGAAGUCGCUGCCACUGCUCUGCAGGAAACCAUGACAGAGGAGCAAAAGCAAGCAACAGCUGAAGACCCCGCUGCAUCACAGCAACAACCAGUUCCAAAGGAGACCGCCUUGCCAGAUGAAGCAGCAGCCGCAGCCACCUUGCUUUCAGAGAACCAAGCACAGACAACACCCGAAGUUCAAGCCACUCCACCACAGGAGCAGCCAGUUCCAAAGGAGACCACCUUGCCAGAUGAAGCAGCACCUGCAGCCACCUUGCUAUCAGAGAACCGAGCACAGACAGCACCCGAAGUUCAAGCCCCCGCUCCGGCACAGGAGCAGCCAGUUCCAAAGGAGACCGCCUUGCCAGAUGAAGCAGCAUCUGCAGCCACCUUGCUAUCAGAGAACCAAGCACAGACAGCACCCGAAGUUCAAGCCCCCGCUCCAGCACAGGAGCAGCCAGUUCCAAAGGAGACCGCCUUGCAAGAUGAUGCAGUAGCACCUGCACAAGCUGCAGACACUGCAGAAGAGAAACCAGACCACCCUGAGACAAGAGCAGCAAUCACCUCCGAAGAAGAGAUCCCGGAACCUCCAUCCAAGGUGGCAAGGCAAGACACCCAACCAGUUUCACCAAGCUCCAAAAAGGAGCUAGCAGCCUCCGCAGCUGAGACCUCGAAGGAGCGCCCGGCAGCAACAGCUGCGAAGCAAAAGAGCCCGAAGGAGCAUUUCUUCAGCCAGUACGAAGUGCCCAAAACAGGCUUCUACACGCCACCGGGCAUGGACAAGGAUGAAUAUGACAAGAAGAAAAAGGAAUUGGCCAAGAACAACAGAGAAGUUGAGAUGGACGAUCCCGAGACAAAGCCAGCAGAACCCAACAGACGCGGCACUCAGAAGGCUCCGGAAACAAAGAAAAAGAAGGAGAAGAAGGAUAAAGAUGAGAAAGAGGAAAAGGCUUCGGGAUCCAAAAAACGAUCCAGCAAUCGCAUGGAUGACAAUUCGCCCAAAAAAUCUAAGAAAACCAAAGCCAAGUGAGGCUGAGACAGAUUGACAUGACUCUGAGACGGUGGCGAUGGUAUCACUGUAUCUAUGUGAAAAGAUGGCUGAGACAGCCCCAAGCCGCGAGGGGUAUGCGGGUAUGGGGAAAA